AUGGCCACCAAAGGGGAAGGACCGCCAACUUUGGUGAUCGCCAUCGACUUCGGUACAACGUACUCUGGCGUCGCCUGGAAAGUCUCGAGCAAACUGGGAGAGUCUAUCCAGACCGUCACAGAUUGGCCGACAGCUAGAAACUAUCAUCGAGAUACUGCCAAGGCACCGUCUAGCAUCUUCUAUCCUCCUUCCGACGAUGAGGAUCCCACCUGGGGCUACACGACACCCCUCAAAGAAGGUGUUCUGCGCUGGUUCAAGCUCCUUCUCGUCAACGAAAAAGACCUUCCCGCCAACGUGCGAACGAACUCUCAAGUCAAAGAAGCUCGGGAACUGAUGCAUAAGUUGGGCAAGACGCCUGUUCAAAUCUUUGGAGACUAUCUCCGCCAGGUUUGGAAGCACAGCUUCCCUCAGAUCUCACGAGCGGAGGGGGAACGGUGUACAGACAUCUAUCGCGUUCAUUUUGUCAUCACUCUGCCCGCUAUCUGGCCUCACUAUGUUCGGAUACGGAUGGUCGAGGCUAUGAAGAUCGCUGGUCUGUUUGAUGUGACCAAAGAGGGGAAUACGACGUAUGGGUUCAUCUCUGAACCCGAGGCCGCUGCAUUGACUUGUUUGAAGGAGAAUGCUGGUCGAUACAAGCUCAACGUUGGUGACCACUUUGUCAUCUGCGAUGCGGGCGGUGGUACUGUCGACAUCAUUACCUACAAGAUCGAGAAACUGAACCCCUUUACUGUGAGUGAGAGCGUCAAGGGGGACGGCGGUCUCUGUGGUGGCAUAUUCCUCGAUGAGAAGUUCCGCGGACUUCUCAAACGAACCAUCCCUCGGGAAAUAGUAAGAAAUCUGGAACUCCAGGCAAUUCACAAGAUCAUGAAGCAUGAUUGGGAGGCCGGCAUCAAGGCAUCGCUCUGCAAGGAUAGCACGGCAUACAGCAUGGACUUGCUCUACAAAGGAAAUGUCGACAAGCAGUUCUUUCCUGAUUCUUUCACUAUUCAAGCAAAAGCAAUUCGUGAAGAGGUGUAUGAGCCGGUGGUUAAAGAGAUCAAGGCAUUGGUAGCUACCCAAAUCCGACAAGUUGAGGAGGAAUACCAGAAAUCGCCAAAUUUCAUUUUCUUGGUUGGAGGCUUCGGCAGGUCCAAGUACUUGUAUGAAUGCCUCAAAGAUACUUUCGGCAAGAAGUCGGAUAUCCUCCAGAAGAGAGGAGAAAACCCGUGGGCUGCUGUUCUUCGAGGUGCCGUUCUCCACGGUCUAUCACGCACUGGAUUGAAUGACUCAAUCACUGCCGUGGUAACCUCUAGAAUCUCGCGUCAUAAUUACGGCACUGUUUUUAACGACUGCCCGUUCGACGCGAACAAGCAUGAUAUACGGGAUCGUGAGUAUUGCAUUUACGACAAAGCCUACAUUGCCGUUGACCAAACCGAGUGGUACGUUGGGAUCGGCGAUCCGGUGUCUACCUACGCGCCAGUUUCCUUCUCUUGCUACCAGGCUCUACUCAGCGUAGAGCAGGGUCUUCAAAUAGACAUCGUGAUUUCCGACUCCGCCGAACCCCCGAAUCGGAAGGAUCAGUCAGUCAGGACACUGUGCACGAUCACUGCCCCUUUGGAUUACGAGAUAUGGGCCAAACUGCCCAAGAACAUCAGCGAAGACGGCAAGACAUUCCGCUGCAUCAACUAUGAUCUUCGCAUGAUCAGUGAUGGAUCGUGUCUUGAGUUCGCGGUAUGGUAUAAGAACCAAUGCAUUGCAUCGCAAAACGUCGAUUUCGAAACUACGAAGACAGAACCGAAAGAAAAAGAUCAAGUCGACACUGACGUUCCGAUGGAAGAUCCACCCGAGGUAUUCAGCGAUGCACCUACUGUCAUCAAUAUAGCCGAUAGCGAUGAUGAGUACGUCGAUCGUACUCCCAAGCGCCGACGAGGUGGAAAUAGCAGGCGCGAGCGUUCUAUGACUCUUCGCAAAAAGUAA